AUGCCUCCCAAACCCAAGAAGCAGAAAUCCCUCCCGUUCGAGCAGGUGUACCUCGACUCGCUGCCGAGCGCGCAGAUGUACGAGAAGAGCUACAUGCACCGCGACUUCGUCACCUUCGUGGCGGUCACUCCGGGCACUGAUUUCUUCAUCACGGCGUCGCACGACGGUCACCUCAAGUUCUGGAAGAAGAGGUUCGAGGGCGUGGAGUUCGUGAAGCACUUCAGAGCGCACGCGGGGCCGAUCCUCGGCCUCAGCGUCAGCGCCGACGGCCUUUACUGCGCCACCAUCGGCGCGGACAGGAGCGUGAAGAUCUACGAUGUAGUCAACUUCGACAUGACCCUCAUGAUUCGCACGCAGUUCGUGCCCACCGCGUGCGAAUUCGUGUACAGGAAGGGGGAGGCGCAGCAGAAGAUCGCGGUGGGCGCGCCGGACGGCAAGAUACACGUGUACGACGGAGCCAACGGGGAUCAGACCCCGGUGCACACGCUCGAGCUGCACAGGGCGGCGGUCAGGUGCGUCAAGUACAACGCCGCGAAGAGGUGCUGUAUCAGCUCCGACGACAGGGGCGUGAUCGAGUACUGGUCGCCCGCCACCUAUGAGGCGCCCGCAGCCGACGAGGUUGAGUUCAGGUUCAAGCUGGACACCGACCUGUACGCCCUGGCCAAGGCGAAGACCAAGGCGUUGUCCAUGGAGGUGAGCCACGACGGCGAGCAGUUCUCCACCUUGGGUCCGGACAGGAAGGUGAGGGUGUUCCGCUUCGCCACCGGCAAGUUACGGUGCGUCAUCGACGAGACUCUCGAGUCGGCCAACGACGUCCAGCGCGCGGGUGCGGCGGCGUACAAGCUCGAGGACAUCGACUUCGGGAGGAGGCUGGCCGUGGACAGGGAGAUGGGCAACAAUCCCGAUCUGGAGGUUGGGUUCCCAAACGCCAUAUUCGACGAGUCCGGGAACUUCUUGCUGUACUCCACGCUGCUCGGAGUGAAGGUGAUCAACCUGGUGACCAGCCGGUGCGCGAGGAUCAUAGGAAAGGUUGAGAACACGGAACGAUUCAUGCGGCUGGCGAUGUUUCAGGGUGUGCCGCAGAAGGACAAACGCAGCAGGGGCAGCGGAAAGGAUACGAAACAGACUGUCGAGAAGGACCCCACGCUGGUGUGCAGCGCGUUCCACAAGACCCGGGUGUACCUGUUCACGCGGCGGGAGCCCGAGGAUGGCGACGACGCGGCGGGGGGCAGGGACGUGUUCAACGAGAAGCCACUGGCGGAGCAGAGGGUGAGCGCUGCGUCCCUCGUGCCGACGGCGUCCACGUCACUAGCCCGCACCGCGAUCAUUCACACCACCGUCGGGGACAUCCACAUCCAGUUGUUCCCGGAAGCGUGCCCGAAGACUUGCGAGAACUUCACAACGCACAGCAGAAACGGGUACUAUGACAACAUCAUCUUCCACCGCGUCAUCAAGGGGUUCAUGCUGCAGACCGGGGACCCGCUCGGGGACGGCACGGGGGGGGUCUCGAUAUGGGGCGGGGAGUUUGAGGACGAGAUCACGAGGGAUCUGAGGCACGAUCGCCCUUAUACGGUGUCCAUGGCCAACGCGGGACCCAACACCAACGGAUCGCAGUUUUUCAUCACCACCGUCGCUACCCCAUGGCUGGACGGCAAGCACACGGUGUUUGGCAGGGUGACCAAGGGCUCCGACGUCGUGCAUGCCAUCGAAAAGUCAAAGACCGAUAAACAGGACAGACCGCACGUCGAUAUCAAGAUGGUGAGCAUCACUCUCGGGUACAAAUAG